UACUGACCACCCGACGGCACGACCGCCACCCUCUGACCACAUGUUCGUUUGAUCUCUACGAUAAAUUAAGACAGACAGUGACAUUUUGUCGUGUAUCAAAAAUAAAAGACGCCUACUGUGGGAUUGUCAUCCCUGUCAAGAUGGCUUCACAUGGUCUGACUGUAACGGAAUCUCAGGACUUUCCUGAUAUUGAGAUCAAGUGGUCUGCUAAGGUGACAUUAGGGGAGAGUGCUAGAAAUCAGAUGGAUAAGAAGAAAAGGGACAGAGAAAGAGAAUGCAUUUUGUAUGGGAUUUGUGCUCUUCUGAACUCUGGAUGAGGAGUUUUCACUUUGGAUAUUGCCAACUCAUACAACUACAGAAGAGAGGGAAGGGGAUUAGAUAUUGAACAGCAUCUGCUAGACUUAGUGGGUUCCCCUUUUGAAGAUAUGAUUGAAUGUAUCCCUCAAGGUGACAAAGUUCAUAUCUAUGUUACGUCAGGACAUCCUGGUUACCAUAAAUCAAGACUUUGGAGCAUUAAUACUGGUUUAUGGGAAAGAGCGGGUUCAAACGAUGAGCGUGUUAGUCCCAAAGAUAUGUUUGAGUUCUUGAGGAAGAGAAAGGACAGGGCUGAAAGGAAUCAAAAUCAGUAUGAGGUGUAUCCUCCUGCAAAGCGACAUGCAGUACCAUUGCCUGGCAAUGACGUAAUAAGACAACAAGCUGAGAAAUUCUAUAUGAUGGACUGGGUGGAAAAAAAACGAUGUUUAGAAUUUGGGGAGAGUGUGCAUGUAGAAUUAAAACUAUUUAGCAGCAGUGACAAUCUCUCCAAGAGGCUUAAGGAAGUCGUUCCUAAAAAUAUAUCGGCUUUUGGGAAUACAGAUGGUGGUUUCAUGUUUAUUGGUAUACAUGACAAAAGUCAAGAAGUCAUUGGGUGUGGUAGGGGGCUUAAUGCAGAGGCAUUGCAAAGUAUGGUUGAAGAUGUGUGCAGGAAGUCAGAGGCAAUUCAUACCUCUGACUGCAAGAAGAAGAAUACGAGCUGGUCUCCAGAGUGUAGACUUAUCAAAGUCAUCACUCCGAAAUCCUCAGAAGCUGAUGCAUAUGUGGUGGCCAUCAAGAUUCCAGUAUUUUGCUGUGCUGUCUUUGAGAAAGAUCCAAACUCAUGGCACAUUGAGGGAGGCACUGUUUGUAGACUGAGAGCUCCUGUGUGGAUGAAGAAAAUGCAGCUCUCAGACCCAGAUGAGGACCUGUGUGAACGCUUUCAGAAUGUGCUGAGUCUACGAGAUGCCCCACCUCAGUGUAAACCAGUGUACAGCAUCGAGUCGUUGACACACGUACAGGAGAAACUUUUUCCUGUUCCAGAGAAUAAUAUCGAGGUGGUGCCAGAUGCCUUUAAAAACAAGGCGCUCACUGAUGCCAUCCUCAAUGCCAACUCAGCAAAGAGUCCGGGAAUUUGCAUUUGCUCCCAAAGUUGGGCAGUUGAUAUAGAUCUCUCCAAGAAUAAUGAUGUAAUUUGUGAGGCUCUGAUCAUCAGCACAGGCAGUUAUCCCACUCUCUGCUGUGUGGUUGAAACGGAUGGUCCUGAUUUGUGGAAAUAUGCAACAAAUACAGCAUUCCAUCUGAAGCAGAAGCUGGUGAACGUGGGAGGCUAUACAGGCAAACUUUGUGUAAUCCCCCAACUAGUGUACAGCCAGAACUGGACAGUGCUGAACCACCCCUCACUAUACCCCAAUAGUUAUAGACUCAACCAGGAAAAAGAUGUGAAAGCCCUUCUCCGCUCCUUGGUGAUUGUAGUGACGAAUUUCACCUCCCUAUUAAGUGAUGAAAUUGGCUGUGAGUUCCUUAAUUUGCUAACAGAAGAACAGUUUAAAAUUCUUCAGACCUAUGGUGGAAUCAAGAAUCUCUUCAUUCAUGGUGUGCCUGGAUCUGGGAAGACAUUGAUUGCCAUGGCGCUCAUAAGAAGGAUCAAGAACUUUUUUUGCUGCGAGGAAAAAAAUAUCCUUUACCUUUGUGAAAAUGUUGGAUUGAGAGACUUCAUGAGAAAACAAAACCUCUGCCAGUGUGAGACAAGAGUAAAGUUUUUAGCUGAAUGCACAGAUUUCUCGGCGGUAAAACACAUCAUUGUGGACGAAGCCCAGAACUUUCGUGUGGAAAAUGGGGAAAGCAACUGGUAUGAGAAGGCACUGAAUCUGAGAGGAGCGGAUGGGAUGUUCUGGGUGUUUCUGGACUACCACCAGAAAUGCCAUAAUUUUCCAGAUGGCCUUCCACCGCUUUCUGACCAAAACAUGGUUGUCUUGCACAAAGUUGUUCGUAAUUCUGCAAAAGUCCUGGAAGCUAUGCAGUGUCUAAUGCAUAAGAUAAUUGAGGGCCCACAAUCUGAGGUAACACAACAUUUAGCAGCUAUAGACAAGCAGAUGGAACUGAGCCACUCAUUCCAAGGCUCCUGUAUCAUCAGAAAAGCGGCACCUGGAAAGGAGGUGGAUCUUGUGCUCCAGAUCCUACAGCAUCUCCACUCUCAGGGCCACACUGCUGGACACGUCGCUGUGCUCUUUUCAACACAGGAGCAGCUGGCUGCAGAGGAGUUCAAACUGAAGACAAAAUUCCCCAUUCUUUUCAGCAGUGUGCAGGAGAUCAAUCCGAAUAAGAUGGUUCUGGAUACUGUCCGCAGGUUCACAGGUCUGGAGCGGAACAUUGUGAUUUUGGUCAGUCCCUCUGUCCAUCCUUUUCUUACAUGUGUCGAGCCUAACUUUCUUAUUUCUGCUUAUUCCAGAGCAAGGAUCAGGUUGUAUGUUGUUAAGUCUUCAUAAAGAAAUGUUGUGGCUGUGCAGGUGACACACAAUGUAUCUGUCCAAGUCACCCAAUGGAUAUUAUGGACAGUGUAAGGAAGUGGAUGAUGGUUAGUUUUCAUUACUGUGUUUUUUGGUACUACUUUACGAUUUAUCAUGUUAAUGAAUUUAUCAUUAUUUUAUUUGUCAUAUAUGUAUUGCCUCACAUUUUAUCAGUUGACAAUCAGUAACAUCCAUUGGUCUAUAUGCAUAAUUCAAUAUUGUCAUGUCCAGACAGAUCUGCCAGAACAAAUGCAAUGAGCUCUAAGAUUUGUCUGGUUCCCUGCUAUCCAUGUACAUCUUCAGGGUUAGUCAUUUAGCAGUGUAAGAAAUAUUACAUGGUCACUGUCUGAGAAUUAUGCCUUUAUAUAUUUCUGUUGAAGUUAGUUCUUCUUAGACUGAUUUCACUUUUUAACUAGAUGUACCGCAUAGCGGUACAAAAUAUGACCGCCGCUCAGUCCUGUACAUCCGUUCCGCGAAA